CACCAACCCCCGCAUCGCGCCACCAAUUUAAGUGAGUCAUAUUAAUCGUGACUGCACAAUAGAAUGGAUCUCAUUCUUCAAAAACCUUGCCCUGAGAAGUCGCAAUUGCUUUGAGAGACUGAACGCAACCGUGGCUGCAGUCGACAAAUCACUCGUUAAGCAUCUUCAACAGUUCUCAGCUCCACUUCAUUUCAGCAAAUAACUUACCCGCCAUAGUAAGAGUCCUACCAAAAUGGCCAACAGAACUUCGCCUGCCAGAGAACUUGAUCUCGUGGGCAAAGUCGCCGUCAUCAGUGGUGCAUCGCGCGGCAUCGGUCGUGCCAUCGCAUUCAACCUAGCAUCUCGAGGAUGCUCCAUUCUCGGUACCUGCGUCAGCGACAAGGGCAUCGAAGCCUUAUCAUCAGGCUUGAGCGAUCAGAUCACCGAACGCGUCUACAAAGCUACAUCUAGAGAGCGCCCAACAGAUCAACAGAUCAGGGGAAUCAUCGCCGACGUAUUCUCUAGUGACUGCGCCAAAAUCAUUGCUGAUACUCUUGAGAAGUCUUUCAAUAGUCGCGUUGACAUCUUGGUGAACUCAGCCGGAGACCCAAUGCCAGGAGUUAUCGGUCAAAUGACGACCGAAGAGAUUCAGCGAAGCCUUCUAGGCAACAUUCAAAUCCCAGUACUGAUAGUUGAAGAACUCGUCCGCCGAAAACUGUUCCAACCCAACAGCCGUAUAAUCUACAUAUCAUCAAUCCGCUCCCGUCUCCCAUGGGCCGAUCAACUCAUGUACGCAGCUGGAAAGUCCGCAGGUGAAUCACUCUGUCGAACAUGGUCACAAGCCUUUGGUGGAAAAGAUGAGCGAUAUGCGUUCAUGGCUGGAACGACUGCGAAUGCUGUUACUGCGGGUUUGACUGAGACUGACGCUGUUAUGGACUGUGGGUCGGAGGUUGUCAAGACCUUUCAGGAUGAGUUCUUUCCGUUGCAGAGUAUACCCAAGUUUGGACAGCCUGAGGAUGUGGCUGAUGUUGUCGGGAUGCUUUGUGGGAAUGAUGGAAGAUGGAUUACUGGAUCUGUUGUUAGUGCGAGUGGUGGCUGUAUCAAGAUGCAGUAAAUUUCGAAGAUAUCACAGAUGCAAAGGAAUAAAUUUUUGACGUUUCUAUUGACGUAGAGUUUACCUAAAUAAGGGCACUGCGGUAUCACUCUAUAUAAGGA